AUGGGCCGCGGGCGCAAUUGGACGUCAAUUGAAUGCGCUCAUUUUUGCGAGGCGUGGCUCUUUGCAAUGAAUGAUCCCAUUGCGGGCGUGGAUCAGACAGGUUCACGCUUUUGGAGGACUACAGCGGACAAGUUUGUACUGCUGAACUCGCGCAACGCCGACUCGCAUGGUCGUUACAUCUCCAGACUCGGCAUCAACGAAGAUGAAAAAUGCGAGUACGACUUCAAGCUAAUCAAGAAGCAGUUUGCAGAAGUUUCGAAACAGGUACAGCGAUACAGCGUUGCGCUGCGACGCGUGUAUGCAUCCAAGCCAGCAGGAUCCGUCAAGCGAACACAAAUACAUGCGAUGGCUUGUGCCAUCCACUUGGGGCGGACUGACAAAAUGGAAUACAGGUUUAUUGACGACCUUCCGCGUGAGCAAUGGCCAAUGUACGACUCCUUUGUGGUGCUACAAGAGUCGCCAAAGUUUUGUAUUGAAGGAACGGCAGCGGACAGCACCCCGGAAGUGUUCAACUCUUCCCCUAGUCUACCUUCCCUUGACAGCGGGCCGAGUCGCGUAGGUACGAAUUCUUCGAUUACGUCGAAUGUCAGGCGUGAUUGCGACAACGUAUUGGAGGCGGAAAAAGGCAGUGGCUGCAGCAGACGACGCGGCGAAGCGGUUGAGGAAGGUACGGACGGUGGCGGUGUGCUCGGGAACGCUGAUGGUAUUGAAAGGGCAGAGAGUGAUCGCGGGGGAAGCACAGGAAGGAAGCGCAAACGAGAUUUAACUGCGCCAAUUGGGCGCAAGGCGGCAAAGGAUGUCCGAUCAAAUCAGCUGCAAGAGCAACAGCGAACGGCAAUUGACAAGAGGAUAGCCGCUUCUAUGGAAAUCAAGGCCGCUGACGCGAGAGUACGUACUGCGAUGCUCUCAGAUACAAACAUGCUUCUAGCUUAUGGUACUGCUCUUCUCGGCGAGACCGCAGAGGACAUCAGGGACCGCUUGGAGCUGAUGCGAAUGUAUCGGAAGACGAAGCUUGCGGACAUGAAGGCGAAAAUUGCGCUGCACACUGGUCCUGUAAACGGCAGUGAAGACGUAGCUGAUAGCCAUGACGAUAGAUAUGAAUAGACAUGACAUAAAGCAUUGAACCAACUCUGACGAAA